AUGCCUUCCUACGGAUCGCUCAAGAACUGGGAUUCUGUCGGUAUAUAUCUAGGAAUUCCAGACCAUGAAAUUAUGUCACUACGUCAAGAUGCACGACCAAUGGAAGCUGUACUGAGAAGGUGUCAACAUAUGCCAGCUAAGGAUAUUAUUAAAGCUCUACAACUUUGCAAACGGAUAGAUAUCUUGUAUUCGUUGAGGAAGCUUGAGCAACGAGGGAAACUUAAGAAGCCAGCAGAGCAAUUUGCUGGGAUCAAUUCAGUCUCAACAUCGUUAGCGUCACCAUUUGUGACAUCAGAAAAUGCGGGCGAGGAUCCCAGCAAGACUAUUUUGCUCGUUCAUUACGAAGAAGAUGCUGGAGAGACGAGGGAUUUUCGAUGGUUACGAAAAAACUUACUGCAAUACGCUUCACAACAUGGAUUCCGUAUUAGCGACAUAGCAGACUUGGACAUCGAUGUGAACCUGACUUCUACUGUGGAGGAAGCCUUUGCCAAGGCGCAUCAAAUUGUCGUCAGCUUCACGCCAACUCACAUAGAAGCUGUGAAAUCGAGAAAUCCGGCUUGCAGAAGCGUCUUGUACAUGCACGAUCUUAUGAGUCAAGAGUUCUUCACAUUAAACAGCAUCAACAAGCGAUUCCGGCCCGUAAUUUUUAAUGACACCCAACCAAGUGAUCUUCCAGUCGGCUGGCCGCGUUCGACGCUUGUCUAUCAUUUUCCUACAAACAUGGCUGCUCUUUGUGCAAAGAUUUUCAAAGGCAGAGACCUUGACAAUAAAUCCAAGAUGGUGACAAGCUAG